GCUCUGGUAAGUAAUCUGAAUCUUAGGAAAUACUGGAAGUCGAAGUCGUCUGGUGUUAUCUUGGCGUUUUUGUAAGUUUUUAUGUCUGAUUUUUCUUCAUUUGAUAAUCUUUUGUUGCAUAAAGUUCAUACCUUUUUUCCAAACUAAAACUCUUCAAACCCACUUUAAUCUCUUUGAUUUGAAAACACUAAACUUUAUAUGAAUUUUUCAUAUUUGUCUCAUGUCUUUCUCACUAAUCUAUUUUUUUGUUUCAGGUUUUUAAUCAGAUGGUUCUCAUCUUCUACUUGGAUAUGUACUUUGUGCGUUCUAUAAAAAUAUAUAUAUCUAAUUUUCCACUUAUUUUCUCUGUUUUAAGUCAUUUAAACGUUUUUUGAUAUGAUAUGCAGGUUUUUCAGAUCUGGAUUUGAUAUACAUGCUUUUUAGAUCUCGAUCAGACUUUGGAAGAUUUAUGGAAAGUCUUCUCGGAAGUCUUCUAAAAUAUAAUGCAUUAGAAGACCUCCAGGAAGUCUUCUGAUGGAGUCUUCUUACAUAUCAAGUAGAGUCUAAGCUUGUCUUUGUAAAAGAAUGAUCUAUAAUAGUUUUGUUUGUGGUAUGUUUUGUGAUUUACAUGUGUACUCCUUUAGUUGUGAUUUUUUUUUUGUAAAUUUAAAGAAAUAUUAAUUAAAAUAUUUGGUAAAUGUGUUCAUUUUCUACAAUAUUAUCUUGCCAAAAUUACUUGACAUAAUUGAAUUUAUUGAUACAACUUCAAUAGCAAAACACAAUAACACAAAAAAUAAUCAAAUUUAUUACAACUAAAGGAAAAUAAUUCUCAAGAAAACUUAGUCAAAUUCACAAAGGAUAAAACAUUACAUAAGUUCAAAGAUAGGACACUUUCAUUAGAUACAUAAAUAAAAAGUACAUCUUAUGAUCUAAGAAGACACAUUAAACGAUGUUAUUUAAUAUUCUUGAAGUUACUUAACACUUUUGAAAGUUAAAUUGGUGGUUCACGGUGGUUGAUGUAUUGAUGACAAUGUCAAUCUUGUAAAUACUUGAAGAUGAUGAAGUUGAGAUAGUAAAAGGUAAUUUUCGAAAGAAAAAAACUAAUGGUAUUUUCGUGAAUAAUAUAAACUUGUGGGGUGAAUAUGGAAAAAAAAUUUCAAAAAAAUAUGGUUUAGGUUUAGGUUUGACUUUCAGUUUUGAGUAAAUUUUGCAAAAAAAUCCUUCAAAUUUUAAUGAAGAUAUUAUAUCUAAUAUUACAUACGUUUUAGAAAUUUUGUAGGUCUUCCGUAUACUUUGAUUUUGUGGGUCGUCAAAGAUUUUAAAUUUAACGAUUUUAGUUUUUUUUAAUGGUAUAUUAAUUUAUUUCUUAUUUCGUGGCAAUUACUUAAUUCUAGUUUCCAAAAAUUCAAUAACUUCGACGUAUGCAUACAAUUAUCAAAUAAGAAAAUUGUCUUCUUAUUUUUUUUGAAAAUUGUCUUUCUCUUGAUACAAAAAUGUAUUUUGACGAUUAUAUAUUAGUAGUAUCUACGUUUCAAACAAGUAAUAAAUUAAUAAUACAAAAAAUAUAUAGUUGUGCAUAAUAAAAGUAAGAUCGAUUAAAAUAACUACUUUUAAAAUUCUAUCGUAAACUAGUUUCAAAAAGAAAAAAAAAAAUCUAUCGUAAUAGUCAAAGGUUUUGUCCAUGUAUAUUGGAAUUAAAAAGAAUGGACUCCUUUUCCACGUUUCAACAAUGUACCCCAUGAGCACGUCAUCCAAGCCCCAUCAUUUAAAACCCCUACGAGAACACCCGCACCGCCUAAUAUAAUUUAUCCAUUUCUUUGUUCUUGUCAGAAAAUCAUUACCGAUGGGUAACAGUUUAGGCGGCAAGAAAACGACCAAAGUCAUGAAAAUAGAUGGCGAGACUUUGAAACUGAAAACUCCAGUGACGGCGGAGGAGGUCCUCAAAGACUUUCCCGGCCACGUUUUGUUAGAGUCCGAAUCCGUCAAGCACUACGGUGCUAGAGCCAAACCACUUGAUGCGAAGCAGAGGUUGGUGGCGAAGCGGCUGUAUUUCGUGGUGGAACCGGUGAAGGAGUGUCCACCGAGAAGGGUAAGGUCGGGGAUUCAAAUGAGUGCAAAGGAGAGGCUUGAGAACCUCAUGCUUGCUCGGAGAUCUUCUUCGGAUCUCUCCUUACUCAAACCCGCAGGAAGAUGGACGACGAAGGAGGAGGAGGAGAAAGAUGGAGGAGCCAUGAGAGUGAAGCUGAGGAUUCCCAAGGCGGAGCUGGAAAGACUCGUUAAGGAAGGAGCUACGGAGGCGGAAGCCACCCAGAAGAUCGCCGCUCUCUUUAUGGCCAAACAGAAGAACGACAAAGCACGUCAGAACAAGCUCCAACGUGGCGAUGUAGGAGAGGAGCCCGCCAUUGCCACAGCCGCCACUACAAGAGUAGUCAAGUCUUGUCUGAAACGAGUGAGUUUCAUGGCGGAAAGAGGAGUAAAUGAGAUCACCGUUGCUUGAGGCUGAACCAGUAAACACAAAUAUGUAUAUUUACAGACUGCUUCCCAUAGUUUCUGCUUUUAUUUGUACAUAAAAAGCAGAGAUAGAGAGCUAGUGAAAUUAAUAAUUCAUCCAUGUUCCCACUCUGUAGCUAGACUCAAGAAGAAUGUCAUCUUUCUUUCUUUCUCUCUUUCACACA